CACUUCCGACAGCUUUCGACAGCUCGGAUGUGAUGUAGCAACUGUUCAGACUUGUAGGAAGUUACUAAACGCAUAUUCACUGCCAGUGAAAGUUUUAGAUAUUAAACAUUGUUGCACCUGUGCAUUUGCAACAGUUUAUCCAAUUUAUCGGAAAUGGCUUAUCCUGGAUACGGUGGGUAUGGGGGACAGAUGCCAGGCAUGCCACCUCAAGGGAUGCCACCCCAAGGAAUGCCAGGAGCCCCCAUGGGUGGACCAAUGGGAGCCCCCAUGGGUGGGCCUAUGGGGCAUAUGGGAGGUGCACCACCCCAGGGAGGCUAUGCCCCCUAUGGAGGAGGCUAUCCAGCCAACUUCGGCGCCCAGCCGCCCUCUGCCAAUGAUCCAAUGUGGGGUUACUUCACAGCGAUAGCAGGCCAGGACGGUGAGAUCGAUGCCGAGGAGCUUCAGAAGUGUUUGACCCAGUCUGGCUUCAGCGGCACCUACACUCCUUUCAGCCUGGAGACUUGCAGGAUCAUGAUUGCAAUGCUGGACAGGGAUUUUACAGGCAAGAUGGGCUUUAAUGAGUUCAAGGAGCUGUUUACUGCCCUGAACGGCUGGAAGCAAAACUUCAUGAUGUUUGACCAGGACAGGAGCGGAUCCGUUGAGCCUCACGAGAUGUCUCAGGCAAUCAACGCUAUGGGCUACAGAGUCAGCCCUCAGGCUCUGAACGGCAUCAUUAAGCGCUACAGCAAAGGUGGACGGAUCUUCUUUGACGACUACGUGGCCUGCAGUGUGAAACUCAGGGCUCUCACAGACAACUUCAGGCGGAGAGAUACUAUGCAGCAGGGAACUGUCAACUUCGCAUAUGAUGAUUUUAUCCUCUGCACAAUGGCUAUCUAAGUGCCGCCGUGUGUCCCACAACGACACCAUGAGGUCAGGGCAUUCAACGAACCAAUCAGUGAUGUUGGAUUCUGGCCCGCUACCUCAAAGGAGUGCAAAGGGAGGCCGAAUAUUUUACUGAAUGAUGAUGAGCCGCAACCGGAAACUGCCCGACGCUUGUUUGCUUGCUUUGCUGCAACACUUUAUACUGGUAUGACGCACGAGGAUGUGCUGAGGAUCAUGUCAACGCCACUAGAUAUACGCAUUUGUGUUAAUAUAGAGGUCUAUUCCAAAAUGCCAUAUCUAUCUAUCUAUCUAUCUGUCUCUCCAUCGAUAGACAUAUAUAUAGAUAGAAAUAUACUUUUUUUAAAAAAAAAAAAACUUGAUGGUCAUUAAUUAGUAUCUCUAAAAUAAAGGGAAUUAAGACCAUAGGACUUAGGAUGCAUACAUGUACUGUCCUUAAAAAAAUUAUAUAAUUAAAUAUUAUGCUCUCACUUAUUUUGUAAGAGCAGUGGUGGAAAGAGUACUACAAAUCACCACUCAAGUAAGAAGUACUGAUACUUUGCUGAUAUUUGACCUGUGUCGAUUGAAGCGAGGACCCUGUAGACUCAACUGACCAAUGUGAAAUAAUACUGUGAUGCUGAUUGAGUCGACAUGGUUCGCAUCAUGGAUAUCAUUCCUCUGUCUUUCUCACACUUAUUCCACAUUUUUGCCAGUCGAGUCUAAAUGGCCCUCGACCAAAUGCAGUUUUCACAGUGCACCUUUAAAAUGCUAAUUUGGAAAUGAUAAAAAGUAGAAGCAACUAAGUAGAAGCAGGUUCCUCUUCUUGUCUUUGCAGGCUGAGUGUUCAUUGUGAAAGGCUCCACAAUCUGUCACUGAUCAUUUGUUCUCUGUAGUGGAUGUGAUUUAAAAUGUAGUGGAGGACAAUACUGAAGUAAAAGCAAAAUGACUGACUUUAAAAAAUGCUCAAAAAGAAAAAGUUCAUGAAAAAGCUACUUGAUUACAGGAACAUGAGUAAAUGUAAUUAGUUACUUCGGCCUCUGUGUAAUAGAGGUUGGCUGUUGUCAAAUGGCAGAUAAAUCAUUUUGGAAUGAAACUCUCCCAGUGCGCGUGCUAAACAAACUGCUUUGCUAAGGAUGUAGAGGAUUAUUAGGAAGAUGCCUCCUGUGCCAUUAUAAUCUCUGAAUGUCUAUAUUCCAGUAAGUUCACUGAUGUUUAACUUAAUACUAAUGUACUAAUGACAGCAUUACAUUUACAGAUAACUUUAUUAAGUAACGCUUGAGAAAUUGAUGUUUUUGUGAUAACUGAAGACUGCAUUUUGUCAUGUGAUCAUAAUCACAUCCUUUUGUGCCAGACAUAAAAUGCACCUCUCUUAUGGAACAUAUAAAACAGUGGUUGUUAUAUUCUAGAUAUGCAUAUUAACUUGAUGUUUAACUUGAUGACUAGCUAUUCCAAAGUGACACUGUGCUGAUAUAAAUAUGCACUGAUUGCCAUCAUUAAUGAUACUGAGGCCUGGUAGCAUGUUGUCAUCUUGCUAUAUUCAUAUGCUGUUGCAGUCAAGCAAUCAGAAAAACAUUUGUUGCUAUAAUGAAAACUUUUUUCACAUUUCUGUACAAACACAACGAUGAAUUUUUGAUUACUCCGCCUCAAUGUGCUCAAUGUUGUAGGAAAACAGUUUUUUGUUAUUCACAAUAAACCCAUUUUUAUAUUCA